AUGAACGGAAUGGGAAAAAGAUUUACUGGCAAGAAGGAUAAAGACGGAGGAACUUCACAUAAACAGGACAAAUCGAAAGAAGCUAAAGCUAUUGAGAAAUUUACUGAGAAGAAGACCCGAUCCAUCUCCGACAUUUUUACCUCGGUAUUUCGACUAGAGCUUAAUAAAAAAUUAAACAAAUCGGAAAAGGAACAAGAUGAAGAGAAGGAAAAGAUUGAACACCUCAGGCAAUUGUUGCAAAACGAAGGACGGAAUGACGUGAAUGAUGAACAGAUUCUAUUUUGUUUGAAUUCAAAAUUUGCCAAAGGGGAUGCCGUCAAAGCACAUUCUUUCUUGGUGGUAAUCCAGGAAUCGCUUUCUGGAAUCGUUUAUCCAUACAACCCUCUUACGCGCAUGUUAGGGGCAGAGAAUCCCACAGCCACCUGUUGGCUGGAUUCACUUUUGUGUGCCUUAUUUUCAGUUCCUACCCAGUUUCAGGAGCUACUCAGCCAAUCUUACGAAGACCCUUCCAAACAAAAACUAAUUCAGUUGAUUCGGUUGUGGGUAAACCUUCUGAGAAAGGGCAUUUUGAUUGAAGUUGCUAUUACCGAACGUAUCUUGGAUAGUUUGCACGAAUGUGGUUGGGAUGACUUUGAUAGGAUUAGACACCAAGAUCCAACCGAAGCCCACAUGAAAAUUGGAGAUAUCCUCGAUUGGCCUAUGCUUAACUUGAAAGUUGAUUUCCAACAUGGUGGUAUCGAAAGUGAAGAGGAUGAUCAUAAAACCUCACAAGAGCGAACAGUUCCGAUUUCGAUUCCAACGGAUUAUCACGGGUCAGGUCGUGUGAAACUCGAAGAGUGCAUUGAAAACUCUUUGAACUCUUUUGUUCAGAUCAGUAGAUUUAUCGAACCGUCCCUACAAGAACCCACCCCACCAGAAACAAGUGUAGAUCAUGACGAAAAGCCAAAACCAGAGCAUGUCGAGACCAUAGAAGGCGAAUCUACCACUGCACCUUCAAGUCCUAAGGUGGAGAUGGGUGGCCAGGUAUAUUCCCAAAACCAACUCGUCAGGGAGGUCACUCACGAGCAAAGAUCAUUAUACCGUAGUCUAAGUCGUGCUUCUGCUCUUUGGCCUUCAAAGCCCGCUCCUGUAAACAAUAAAGAACUCGCUCAACAUCUUCAGAAACAGAAACCAAUGUUGGGAUUUGAUCUGAAGAGAUAUGGUGUGGGAGGAAUGGACGGCAUAACAACAAUGCGGAUAAACACUCCGGUCGAUAUUCCCAAGGAAAUGUCACUCCCACAUUUUGUCGAUGAAGAUGGAGUUUCAGACAACAUGCCAAUUGCGGAUCGUUUCAAAUUAGUACUUCGAUCCAUGAUUUGCCACAGGGGAGAAGAUAUCCAUUCUGGACAUUACACCUCUGUAGUUCACUUGAACAUUGAGACUGAUGGUGAUUGGGAUUCUGCACGACCCAACGAUGAUCAGCAACCACCAAAUUAUGUCGAGGAUCGCUGGAUGGUUCAUGAUGAUAUUGCAGAUGAAAGAGUAGCCCGCGCUGAUAUUGAAGCAGCUCUUAACAAUGACAAAUACGGCAUGCCAGUUACCUUGUGGUACGAGCUUGUUCCUAUUUUUGAGUGUUUUGCCGCAGAGGAGUUGCAGAAUUUUAUGGAUAAUACGACGCCUCCCUCGUACACAAUUUCCUCUGUUCCGAGUAUAGAUGUAAAGAUUUCCAGAGCAAGCUCGGGUUUGAGUAAUGAUGAAGAAUACUUUGAUGGAAAGUUUAGCAAAUCGAAUUCGGCCGUCGAAAUUUCAUCCGAAAUAGAUCGAAAGCGUGCAAGUCUCAAUCUUCCCGAUGAAGAUAGACCAGGAAGCGUUGCCGCUACAGACGGCAGUAGUGUCAGUGCGGAGAAAUCGGAUAGCGAAUCAGCUCCUGUUACCCCAGCUGAGGAACCAGCAAGUCGCAGAGUGUCACGAACAUUUCGAAGAAGCAAGGCAGAACGAAGUCGGCCAACAAGUACUUCGAACGAGAACCGCAACACUCUGGGAUACUUCAAGAGUUUGGUAUCAAGGACAAGCAAAGAGUCCUUGCACAGGCCAGACACGAGCAGAGAAUCGACAGUUCCUGCACCCGCAAUACCCGGAUUAGAUGGUUUUGCCGACUCUCCUUUCAAUGGAGAUGCGACAAAACCAGCCGAGACGAAUGGUAUGCUGUUCCGCAAAGGAAGUAAAAAGGGCAAAAAGCGGACGCAAAGCAAAGGAGUUAUGGAAUUCGAAUCCAAAGACAAAGAGUCGAAUGAUCCAGAUAGGGUGUGUACGAUCAUGUAA